AUGGCCUCUUCCAAUCUCUACGGCUCACAGCUGCAGAGCAUCUUUCUGAAAUACCCAGAUGAUCAUGUCACUCCUUUCACUAAAACCCUUGGCCGCAUCCUUGCCCACCUCUGGCACUAUGUCAGUGGCCUCCUGAAGGCAUUGCACAGCAACUGCUACGUGGAGCUGAGCCAGUACCAGGACCAGCACUUCCAGGGUAACAAUGAAGAAGAAGAUGAAUUAGUGAAGAAAAGCUAUGAAGAAAAUGCCAUGUGGUACUUAAAUGGAAGUCAUCUGGAUGAUUGGAUCAUUUGCACCGACUGGAACUCAGGCUUUAAGGAGGACAGGCAGUAUGGAUGUGGGCAAUCUAGGGGCUGUGUUUGAGGCGAGUAUGGGUAGCACUGUGCUGCUGGAAGAGGAGGCCAUGGAAAACUGGCACAAAACCAGUGA